CGGAAGUAGAUUCUCACACGCCUUUCCUAUUGGAUGCCGGCCGUUCAUGGGGGCGAGCGCCGCUGGGAGGCGGAAGCAGCCCCAGGCAUGGCGGCGGCCAGGCCGCUCGCUCUGCUGGUGCUGCUGGUCCUGGGGCCAGGCGGCUGGGGCUUUGCAGAUCCCCCUCGCGACAGCCUGCGGGAGGAGCUUGUCAUCACCCCGCUACCUUCUGGGGACGUGGCCGCUACGUUCCAGUUCCGCACGCGCUGGGAUUCGGAGCUGCAGCGGGAAGGAGUAUCUCAUUACAGGCUCUUCCCCAAAGCUCUGGGGCAGCUUAUCUCCAAGUAUUCUCUACGGGAGCUGCACCUGUCAUUCACGCAAGGGUUUUGGAGGACCCGAUACUGGGGGCCACCCUUCCUGCAGGCGCCAUCAGGUGCAGAACUCUGGGUCUGGUUCCAAGACACUGUCACUGAUGUGGACAAAUCUUGGAAGGAGCUCAGUAAUGUCCUCUCAGGGAUCUUCUGUGCCUCUCUCAACUUCAUCGACUCCACCAACACAGUCAUUCCCACUGCCUCCUUCAAGCCCCUAGGGCUGGCCAAUGACACUGAUCACUACUUCCUGCGUUAUGCUGUUCUGCCACGGGAGGUUGUCUGCACUGAGAACCUCACUCCAUGGAAGAAGCUCUUGCCCUGUAGUUCCAAGGCAGGCCUCUCUGUGCUGCUGAAGGCAGAUCGCUUGUUCCACACCAGCUACCACUCCCAGGCAGUGCAUAUCCGCCCUGUUUGCAGAAAUGCACACUGUACCAGCAUCUCCUGGGAGCUGAGACAGACCCUUUCGGUUGUAUUUGAUGCCUUCAUCACAGGACAGGGGAAGAAAGACUGGUCCCUCUUCCGGAUGUUCUCCCGAACUCUCACAGAGCCCUGCCCCCUGGCUUCAGAGAGCCGAGUCUAUGUGGACAUCACCAGCUACAAUCAGGACAAUGAGACAUUAGAGGUAAACCCGCUGCCCACCACUACAUAUCAGGAUGUCAUCCUGGGCACUCGGAAGACCUAUGCUGUCUAUGACUUGCAUGACACAGCCAUUAUCAACAACUCUCGCAAUCUCAAUCUUCAACUCAAAUGGAAGAAACCCCCAGAGAAUGAGGCCCCCCCGGUACCCUUCCUGCAUGCUCAGCGGUAUGUGAGCGGCUAUGGGCUACAGAAGGGGGAGCUAAGCACGCUGCUGUACAACACCCACCCAUAUCGGGCCUUCCCCGUGUUGCUGCUGGACACCGUGCCCUGGUAUCUGCGGCUAUAUGUGCAUACCCUCACCAUCACGUCCAAGGGCAAGGAGAACAAACCAAGUUACAUUCACUAUCAGCCUGCCCAGGACCGGCUACAGCCCCACCUCCUCGAGAUGCUGAUUCAGCUUCCAGCCAACUCGGUCACCAAGGUCUCCAUCCAGUUUGAGCGGGCACUGCUCAAGUGGACCGAGUACACGCCGGACCCCAACCAUGGCUUCUAUGUCAGCCCAUCUGUCCUCAGUGCCCUUGUGCCCAGCAUGGUAGCAGCGAAACCAGUGGACUGGGAAGAGAGUCCCCUCUUCAACAGCCUGUUCCCAGUCUCUGAUGGCUCCAACUACUUUGUACGACUCUACACUGAGCCGCUACUGGUGAACCUGCCAACACCAGACUUCAGCAUGCCCUACAACGUGAUCUGCCUCACGUGCACUGUGGUGGCCGUGUGCUAUGGCUCCUUCUACAAUCUCCUCACUCGAACCUUCCGCAUUGAGGAGCCCAGCACCGGCGGCUUGGCCAAGCGGCUGGCUAACCUUAUCCGGCGCGCCCGAGGUGUCCCCCCGCUCUGAUUCUCACCCUCUUCGGCGGCAGCAGCUGCUAUUUCUCUCUGUGGAGGAUGGCGGUGACCCCAAGGACUCUUUCUGCCACUUGCUUUCUCCAGAAUUGGCAUUUGAACCAAGUUGUCCCUGGUCCAGGCCAGGGCCUAGAGUUGCACUGUCCAGUACAGUAACCACAAGCCAAAUGUGGCAUUUGAAUUUAAGUUAACUUGAAUUAGAAAUUCAUUUCCUCUGCUGUAGUGGCCACAUUUCAGGUGCUCAAUAACCAACAGUGGUUAGUGGCUACUAUAUUGGACUACACAGAAAAAUGUUUCCAUCAUUGCAGAAAGUUCUGUUGGACAGCACUGGUCAAGGUCAUAGGGUAUGCUGAAGAGUUUUAUCACUGUGUGGUAGAUGGAAUUUACUGGUGGAAUCUUAUUUGUGGAAUAAAAAAUGGCUGCUUCCUUGGUUCUUUGCCUCCUGUCCUUGAGGCCUAGGAAUAAUUGGGAAGUAGGACUUGUUUGUUGGGUGCCCUAACAGGACCUCCUAGCCUACCCUUAAUUCCCAAGAAAAAAACCUGAGAACUCCUUCCUACCUCCUCCUACCCCUACCAGAAAUUUCUUCUCCUCCUACUCACCCCUCCUCCCCCUUGUCAUCUGACUGUACUUCCCAGAACUCCUGGGUUUGGUUGGGAGUGUCUCUGUAAGCAUAAUUCAUGACCAUGAAAAUGAAUCAUCCUACCUUUUGGGGUCCUGAGAACCAGUACACAUCACCAAAGUUAGAGUGGAGACAUGGGGAACUUUGGGCGGUUUUCUAAAACUAUGGUGUGCAUCAGAGUCACUGGCAGUGCUUGUGAAAAUAAUAUAGAUUCCUGGGGUCCAGACCCUGGUAAUUCAGUUGGUCUGGGUAUAGCCCAGCCUCUAAAUUUUUAGCAGGCUCCUCAGGAGCUUGUGUUGUGGGUGGUCCUCAGACUGCCCACAGGCUUUGAAGCCAGGCCCAUUGGACUGACGCCUGUCCCUGCCCACCUCCCCUGCUUGUUACAUAACCCUGGAUUCCUGUAAAAUAAACUUAGGCGGAUGCCUCCUGCUA